AUGCGUUACGCGGUUGUGCGCGUCUGUUGGGCAAUAGGUACCGUAUGGUACCGCUACCUACCGGUCCUCCUAGUAGCAGGACAACCCGCUAACACGGCACUGGAAACCGCCGCGGAUUGCAUGAAGCUGAAGGCCCUCCAUCACUGCGCCACCAGCCCGGAGUCUCUCGUAUCCCCUCCAUCCGUCGCUGACAGCGCUUUCUCCCAUCGUCUUGGAGGGUUUGGUGGUCGUCGUCGUCGUCGUCGUCGUCGUACAGUGGUGCCCCUCCAUCCAUACUUUGUCAGGGGGUCUCUCCCGGACGCAACCAUGGCGAUUCACAUCCGCUCUGCAGCAAAAGACGUACAAAGUGUGGACUCGCUACUGCGGCGCGGCGGAAAGGCAUCUGCAUGA